GAUUCUCUGCGGUUCUGAGAAGAUGCCACGCUGACGUCAUCACCACUGACGCAGAGCGAGCCGAGGUAGCGGAGCGCAGCUGCAGCAUCCCUGCUAACACCGACCUCCCACCACCAGCAGCGGGGUGUUUUCCCUCCCAGCAUCCUCCUGAAAUAACGAGAUAAAAGAUAAGAUGGCCACCUCCUCCUCUACUCUGGAAGAAGACGAAAGUUUGAAGGGCUGUGAAAUUUUUGUGCAGAAGCACAAUAUCCAGCAGAUCCUCAAAGAGUGCAUUGUGAACCUUUGCAUCGCCAAGCCUGAGCGUCCUAUGAAGUUCCUGCGGGAACAUUUUGAAAAGCUGGAAAAGGAAGAAUGCAAGCAGAUCAUGGCCCGGCAGAAAUCUAACAGCCAGUCGGACUCACAUGAUGACGAGGUCUCCCCGCCACCACCCAACCCGGUCGUCAAAGCCCGGCGCCGCAGAGGGGGCGUCAGUGCCGAGGUCUACACUGAGGAGGACGCAGUCAGUUACGUGCGCAAGGUGAUCCCCAAGGACUACAAGACCAUGACGGCCCUGGCCAAGGCCAUUUCCAAAAACGUCCUGUUUGCUCACCUCGACGAUAAUGAGAGAAGUGACAUAUUUGAUGCCAUGUUCCCUGUCACCCACAUAGCAGGAGAAACAGUCAUCCAGCAAGGUGAUGAAGGAGACAACUUUUAUGUGAUCGAUCAGGGUGAAGUGGACGUGUAUGUGAAUGGCGAAUGGGUGACCAACAUCGGAGAAGGCGGAAGUUUCGGCGAGCUGGCUCUGAUCUACGGGACUCCCCGAGCUGCCACGGUGAAGGCCAAGACUGACCUCAAACUUUGGGGAAUCGACAGAGACAGUUACAGACGCAUUCUCAUGGGCAGCACACUGAGGAAGAGAAAGAUGUACGAAGAAUUCCUCAGCAAAGUCUCCAUCCUUGAGUCGCUGGAUAAAUGGGAGCGCCUGACUGUAGCUGAUGCUCUGGAGCCUGUCCAGUUUGAGGAUGGAGAGAAGAUCGUGGUACAGGGCGAACCCGGCGACGACUUCUUCAUCAUCACCGAGGGAAUCGCCUCCGUUCUGCAGCGCAGGUCCGACAAUGAAGAAUACGUGGAGGUGGGACGCCUGGGACCCUCCGAUUACUUUGGUGAAAUCGCGCUGCUGUUGAACCGUCCCCGAGCCGCCACCGUGGUCGCUCGCGGCCCGCUCAAAUGUGUGAAGCUGGACAGGCCGCGGUUCGAGCGUGUUCUCGGGCCGUGCUCGGAGAUCCUCAAGAGGAACAUCCAGAGAUACAACAGCUUUAUCUCCCUCACCGUGUGACGGUCCGCCGGUCCGCCAGCAGGGUUGGGUUUUUGAUCGGAGGUUUUGGAUACAGGUUAAAGGAUGCUUUUCUCAUUUCUUUGUUUUGAUGGUGUGCACUUUGACUUGACCUGUGCUGUCACGUAGCUUUGUGUCCAAUUCAUGCAAGCUUUUGAAAAAUAUAUCUGAGAAGAAAAUGCCAUCAUCCUGUCUUGUGAAGGAUCAUGAUACAGUGUGUCAGCUGUAUACAAUGCAUGCUUCAUGACUGACAGCGAGCGGCGUCUACUCAAGGCGUGCUGUGAAUCAGGAACUGUGGACGUGUGAGGAAGCCACUUCCAGGUGCGUCUGGCUCGCCUGUGGUGUCAAAUAUGUAAAUACAGAUGACUGAGAGAAGGCAGAUAUCAUUGGCUUUAUAUUUACUUUAAGUGUGCGUUCAACAAUUUUGUAAACUGUGUCCAUGAACCGUGUGCCAGGCUUAUGAAACAACUCGCUCUUUUUUAGGUCCUCUUUUAUCUGUGACUUUGAGGUAUAUUGCUGUGAACCACUCUACACACAACUGGUCUGAAAAUUUAGAUCUUGAACAAUCAUGCAAACAACACUGUCUCAGGACUGAAGCGACUUUUCAGCAUAUGCACACACGUUGAAGCUACUGUUUUACGGCUAGGUGAAAGCUUCUGCAUCACUUUUUGCGGUUCCUUUGAUGAAGCUGUUAUACAUGUGUAUCAGCAGCGGCUUUUCUUUCGCCAUGACCAGCAGAUCUUCUGUAUUAUCUCUGUAUCUUUCUUUCAUG